AUGAAUAAGACAUCUCAUCAAACAACUGGUUAUCGUCCUAUUGUGCCAGCUCCACCACAACAACCAAUCAUUAUCACAACUCCAACUACCACUAUGACUUCUAAUUCUAGACUUGCCCCAAUAUCACCUCAUCAAUCACCACAGUCAAAUCCAAUUACACAAAAUUAUCAACAACAACAUCAGCAACAUUAUCAACAACAAUAUCAUCCUCAACAUAAUCAAUAUCAAUAUCAACAACCUCCGCCACCAUUGUCACUACAACAACAAUCACCUUCGCAUCAUCCUCAUCAAUAUAAUCAACAACAGCAACAAUAUUAUCGUCAUCAACAAACAACACCACCACAAAAUCCUCAUCAACAUGGAGGAGUAACAGGGGGAGUGACUUUACCACCUUUCGAAACACCACCUGUUUCACCUUUUUCUCUUCCAAUGCAUAAUAAUGAUCAUUCAAGUAAUCAAAUAAAUUUUAAACUUCCCCCACCAAUUCUAUCUCAACUCGGCAACAACAAUAACAUUGGUUCAUCUUCAGCUUCAAAAAAUUUUACUAUAAUAAAUAUGAAUCAAUCAAGAUUCAAUCCUAUUCUACCAAAACAAUCGCCAGCUCUACAACCCUCUUCUCAACAACCAACUACUUCGGUAUUCUCAUUACCUGUUACCCCAACUACUAAUAAUACAUCAACAAAUUCAAAUCAAAAUUUAAUCAAUAAUUCUCCAAUUAUGCAAAGUGAUCAACGUGAAAUGGCUAGGAAGGCAUCACAUUCGCAAAUUGAGAGAAGACGUCGUGAACGUAUUAAUGACAAAAUCAUGCAAUUAAGAGAAUUAAUACCUGGUUGUUCGGAACAAGAAAAUAUGCAUAAACUUAGCGUGUUACAAAAUGCUAUCGAGUAUAUCGAAAGUAUUAAAAAAUCAAAAUUUAAUCGUUACGAAAUCCCUAUACCAAAAAGUUUUCUUUCUGCCGGUAACACCACCACUGCUACUACUAAUUCUAAUGUAAUUAGUAGUUCCACAAUUAAUUCCUAUGAAGAUUGUGAAGAAUACAAACAUAAACGAAUAAAUAAAGGAGUUGAAGAUGCUUCACUAAAAGAACAACAAGUUGAGGGUGAAGAAGAUAAAGAAAAAGUAAAAGGAGGAGUAAAAGAUGAAGAGAAAAAGGGAGGUUAUGAUUUAGAUGGUCAAAAACUUGAAAAAAAAAAAGAUCAAGACGAUCAAGAAGAUGAUCAAGAUGGCCUAGAGAAUAAUCAAGAAGAUUCAUUAUCAUCGACAAAUGUAAGAAGAGGAGGAAUGACUGUUCAACAUUUAUUAUGUUAA